AUGGGAGGUUUAUUAACUGCACCAUUAUGUGCUGCACAAAUGGCAUGUUGCUUUGGUACUACAGCUUGUUCAUUAUGCUGUAGUUGUAUGCCAACAACAAAAUCAUCAACAACUACAAGAAUUAUGUAUGUAUUGAUGCUUUUAGUUGGAACAAUUGUUUCAGCUAUCAUGCUUGCACCAGCCGUUCAAGAAAAACUGGAUAAAUCUUCUUGGUUUUGUAAUGGUUUAGGUGUUGAUUGUAAAGCUGUUACAGGAUAUCAGGCUGUAUAUAGAUUAUGUAGUGCACUAGCAACUUUUUUUGGUAUCUUCUCUGUUUUGAUGAUAGGGGUUAAAAGUAGUAAAGAUCCUAGAGCUGGUAUUCAAAACGGAUUUUGGUUUUUCAAAUACUUAAUGGUGGCUGGUAUUGCUGUAGGUUAUUUUAUGAUAACGUCAAAAUCAUUUUCUGAACCAAUGAUGGUUAUUGGUAUGAUUGGAGGAUGCUUAUUUAUUUUAAUACAGUUAAUUCUCAUAAUUGAUUUUGCUCAUGGUUUAGCUAUUUAUAUGAUAAAUUCAUAUGAGGAAAGUGAAUCUCCUCGUGCAUGGGCAUUUUUAUUGUAUGGUUUUGUAAUUCUUAACUAUGCUGUUUGUAUAAUUGGUUCUAUAUUUAUUUUUAAAAAUUACGGAGGUGAAGGAUGUGGACUCCCUAAAUUUGCCAUUAUUUUUAAUAUUAUUUUAUGUUUAGCUAUAUCAGUCAUCUCAAUUUUACCCAAAAUUCAAGAAAAUUUCCCUCAUUCUGGAUUAUUACAAUCCUCAUUUAUGUCUAUGUACACAGUUUAUCUCACCUGGUCAGCAUUAACAAAUAAUCCAGACAAGUCAUGUAAUCCAUCUUUAAGAAAACUAUUAGGACCUACAUCUGACAUACCUUCAAGUUAUGCUACACCAAUUCCAGUUGAAUCACUUGUAUCACUUUUUAUUUUCAUGGCUUGUUUAUUAUAUUCAGCUAUUAGAACUACAUCUAAUACGGCAAUGGGUGCAAUUACUGGCGGUGGAAAUCAAGGUACAGAAGGUGAUUUAAUUCCUCUAAAUUCAUCAAAUACCAAUGAUGUUGAAGGUGGUCAGGUUUAUGACAAUGAAAAAGACAGUGUUUCAUAUUCAUAUAGUUAUUGCCAUUUCAUUUUUGCUCUUGCUUCACUUUACAUAAUGAUGACAAUGACUAGUUGGUAUUCUCCUGAUAAUGACAUUACUCAUUUGAAUUCAAAUACUGCUUCACUCUGGGUUAAAAUUGUAUCAUCAUGGGUUGCAGUUUUACUCUACUUUUGGACAAUGGUUGCACCUACGAUUUUCCCGGAUCGUGAAUUUUUCUAA